UUAAAUGUCUCGCGAAGCUAGUUUGUGAUUGGUUGGCGAUAAUUUGAUUCAGAGAGAAUACAGGCUGUGAUUGGCUGAGAGCUCUGAAUGAAUUCGGGAAGUAACCAGCGUGAGACUGCAGUUUGACGUUCGCUUCAGACUUUUCACCAAUUUAAGGUUUAAAUAUCCAAGUCAAGAUGGUGGACUCCCAGUACUACCUCCCAAAUGACAUUGGCAUCUCUGCACUCGACUGCAGGGAGGCCUUUCGUUUGCUAUCGCCUCAGGAGAAGAUGUAUGCCCACUAUCUGUCACGUGCCUCAUGGUAUGGAGGUCUGGUGGUGCUUCUGCAGACAUCUCCCGAGUCUACAAACAUCUUUGUCCUGCUGCAGCGAAUCUUCAGGAAGGAAACGCCAGAAGAGCUUGAAAACGUUGCUACAAGAGUUGGACUCAGCUCUGAAGAGUACAAGGCUUUCCUGGUUUAUGCAGCUGGUCUUUAUGCAAACAUGGGCAACUACAAAUCUUUUGGAGACACCAAAUUUGUUCCAAAUCUACCUAAGGACAAGCUGGAAGCUUUGGUGAAGGCCAGUCAGGCCUUUCAGGAGAAGCCUGUAGAGAUGGAAGCUCUCUGGAAAAGCUGCUCCACACUCAUCUACUCUUUAGAAGACAGACAGAAACAGCUGGGUCUUGGUGACAAGGGAAUCACAACCUAUUUCUCAGGGAACUGCACUCUGGAAGAUGCUGAGUUGGCUCAAAGAUUUCUUGAUUCAAAAAAACUCUCUGCGUACAACACGCGUCUGUUCAAGAGGAACGACGGAGGAAAAGUCUGCUACGAGGUCCGCUUGGCUUCAGCAGUGCAGAAAGAUUCUGCGGUGGACGGGGAGAAGCAGACUUCCUGUGGCACCUCAACGUUUGAAGACAAAGAGUUUAUUGUGAAAAGAGGAGAUUAUUGUCCUCUGAUGGAGAAAGUUUGUUUUUACCUCCAACAAGCAGAGGCCUUCGCAGCCAAUGAGAACCAGCGGAAGAUGCUGGAAGAGUACAGGAAAAGUUUCACCUUCGGUUCUGUCGAAUCCCACAAAGAGGGUUCACGCUUCUGGAUCAAAGACAAGGGACCAAUUGUCGAGAGUUACAUAGGAUUCAUAGAGAGCUACAGAGAUCCGUUUGGCUCCAGGGGAGAGUUUGAAGGUUUCGUGGCGGUAGUGAACAAGGCGAUGAGCGAGCGUUUCGGCAAGCUGGUGAGUUCUGCUGAGGUGCUGCUGUCUGAGUUGCCGUGGCCUCAGGAGUUUGAGAAGGACACCUUCCUGAAACCCGACUUUACCUCCCUGGAUGUUCUCACCUUCGCUGGAAGCGGAAUACCAGCCGGCAUCAACAUCCCCAACUAUGACGACAUCAGACAGUCGGAAGGAUUUAAGAAUGUGUCACUUGGCAACGUUUUGGCUGUAGCGUAUGCUACCCAGAAAGAGAAGCUCACCUUCCUGGAAGAGGAGGACAAGGAUUUGUUUAUCAAAUGGAAGGGUCCAUCCUUUGAGGUGCAGGUUGGACUUCAUGAACUGCUGGGACACGGAAGUGGCAAACUCUUUGUUCAGGAUCACAAAGGCAAGUUUAACUUUGAGAAGGAUAAAGUAAUCAACCCAGAAACAGGAGAACUGAUCUCCAGUUGGUAUCAGGGCAGUGAGACUUGGGACAGCAAAUUCUCCACAAUCGCUUCUUCCUACGAGGAAUGCCGCGCUGAGUGCGUCGGCCUCUACCUGUGCUUGAACACACAAGUGCUCAGUAUUUUCGGCCUUGAGGGUCAGGAUGCAGAAGAUGUGGUUUAUAUCAACUGGCUGAGCAUGGUCAGAGCAGGACUGCUGGGCUUGGAGUUCUACACACCUGAGAACAAGAGCUGGAGACAGGCUCACAUGCAGGCUCGCUUCGUGAUCCUGCGUGUUCUGCUGGAGGCCGGGGAGGGCCUGGUGGGCCUCAAGGAGGUGAUGGGGCCUGACGGCAAGCCCGACGCACGGAUCACACUGGAUCGGAGCAAAAUCCACACUGUGGGGAAGAAUGCUAUUCAGAGGUUCCUCUGUAAGCUGCAGGUCUUUAAGUCAACGGCUGAUGUGGAAGGAGGCAGGGCGCUCUACGACGGUUACUCCAGCGUCGGUGACAGCGGCGCUAACAACUUCCUGCGCCUGCGGGAGACGGUCCUGCUGAGGAAAGAAGCUCGCAAGAUGUUUGUUCAGGCCAACACCAGAGUUAACGGUGAUAACGUGGAGCUGGUGGAAUACGACAGCAGCGCUGCAGGCCUGAUUCGCUCCUUCACUGAGCGCUUUCAGGAAGACGCAGACCAGCUGGAGGCUGACCUGUUGCAGCUGAGCGAGAAAGACGUCCCCUGCUGGUGCUGAUGGAGGGAUGCAUCAUCUCUUCCAUGUGUCUCAGAAUACCAACUGCUGAAAGCAAUUACUUUUUAUGUUUGUGACAGAAAACUGCCUCAGAAAUGAACAAAAACAAAAAAAAGUGUUGUGAGAAGAUAAAUCUGAUGAGACUGAAGUUCAACAGCUGAAAUAAUUCAGAACGAUUGGGAGAGAUCUCAAACGAUCACUUGACUUUUUCUUGAAAAACAAGUAUUAAUGCAACUUUUUUUCUCUCUCUUUUAUAAUUAGAGACAGUAAAUACACCAAUGAGAAAUGUUUCUCCCAAGUAGAUUGACUAGAAUGUCAUGUUUGUGAUGUACUUUAAUUGAUUUUUAUGGUCCGCUAGUUAAAAUGUCAAAUGUUUGUGCAGAUGACCGAUUCCGUGUGAACUGACUGCAGUGGCACUCUGACUUUAAGGAAAACCAAUAUGCAAUUCUCUUUAAGUUUAUCACAAAUACACAAAUGAUGAAUAACUUUUCUUGCAAUGUAAACAUGUGGUGAAGCAACUCGAAUAAAAUGCAUUUUCUAUAGUGA